AAAUUGAAUCCUAAGGGAGUACCCCAUCCCCAUGUGUGUCUUACUAUAUUAUGACUACAAUAUAACUUGAAUAGCUAUCUAUCUAUAUCUAUAUAUUGUAGUUGUUAUAUCUCCAUUCAAGGGUUGCAUUUUUUGGUGGAUCAAUUAAUUCAGCUCCAAAUUCCAAUUGAGAUAUUCACCUUUCCUAAGAAAUAAUGAGACAGAGAAUGGAAAGGCUUGUCAUUCUUCCUUUCUCAGCUGGUUGUAUCUCUGAGGCCAGUGUUGCUGUUGGUGUUCCACAUCCAAGAAGAUCAAAACCUGCAGAGACUAAUUCACCACAUGAUGCAAUAAAAGGAUCUAAAGGAGUCGAGGAUUCGGAGAUUUUGUCCGGUGAAAGUAUGAAGAAUUCUUUGAGAUUGCUUGAUGUUGUUCCAAAGCCUAACCUAUCCUUCAACAAGCUGUUCAAAGGCUUCAAGAACUUUUCUCAAUUGUUUGUGGAGAAAGAAGAGGACUUAGAAGAAGCAGAAAUGGACAUGGAAAUAGGGUGUCCAACAGAUGUACAACAUGUGACACACAUAGGUUGGGAUGGUGUUACAACCUCAUGUGCUGCUCAUGACCCAAUGAGGGGAUGGGAUUCUCUCAUUCCUCCUGAGCUUCUCUCUGUAGCCUCUCAAUCUUUACAGACAAAACAUGAAACAACAUCUCCCAUCAACAUCAUGCCUUCUAUUGCUUGAUUAAUUGAAGAUUGUAUCUUUUAAAUGAUAUAUGUAUGAGAAACUAGAAACAUGAAAGUGUGAUUAAUGGUUGUGGAUAUAUACAAAUAUAUUAUAUAAGUAUAUAUUAUGGUGA